AUGUUGCAGCAAGACCCACACGUGAUAUCUGAAGAGAACAAAAGUGGCAGUGUCCUUCUCGUAACACUACGUCAGCUUUCUGGUGUAUGGGACCAAACCAAGCAUUGUCUGAAGGGGCCUCAGUUGCGCAAAUGUUCGUUCCCUGGACAACUGACCUGUGAUGCAGUUGUGAUAGUCAACUUAAAAUACAAAGGUUAUAUGGUGGUUGGUAUUAUCAAAAGCACGACCGACAUUACGAGUCCUAUUGGGACACGCUUCACGUCCACGACCCAAUGUGAUGGGUAG